AGCCCUUUGCUCCCCUGGCGACUCCCUGGACAGGCAGCAGGGAGUUGUCUCCCAGUGCGUUUUGCCCUCCUAGCUGCCAACUCUGGCUGCUAAAGCGGCUGCCACCUGCUACAGUCUGUUACACAGCCUCGGGAAGAGGAAAGGGACCUCGGACCUUCCAGAUUGCUUUCUCUAGCAAGAAACUGUCACAGGAAUAAAGAUGGCUGCUGAACCAGCAGAAGACAAUUGCAUCAAUUUUGUGGCAAUGAAAUUUAUUGACAGUACGCUUUACUUUAUAGCUGAAGAUGAUGAAAACCUGGAAUCAGAUUACUUUGGCAAGCUUGAAUCUAAAUUAUCAAUCAUAAGAAAUUUGAAUGACCAAGUUCUCUUCAUUGACCAAGGAAAUCGGCCCCUAUUUGAAGAUAUGACUGAUUCUGACUGUAGAGAUAAUGCACCCCGGACCAUAUUUAUUAUAAAUAUGUAUAAAGAUAGCCAGCCUAGAGGUAUGGCUGUAGCCAUCUCUGUGAAAUGUGGGAAAAUUUCAACUCUCUCCUGUGAGAACAGAAUUAUUUCCUUUAAGGAAAUGAAUCCUCCUGAUAACAUCAAGGAUGCGAAAAGUGACAUCAUAUUCUUUCAGAGAAGUGUCCCAGGACAUGAUAAUAAGAUGCAAUUUGAAUCUUCAUCAUACGAAGGAUACUUUCUAGCUUGUGAAAAAGAGAGAGACCUUUAUAAACUAAUUUUGAAAAAAAAGGAUGAAUUAGGGGAUAGAUCUAUAAUGUUCACUGUUCAAAACGAAGACUAGCUAUUAAAAUUUCAUGCUGGGCACGGUGGCUCACACCUGUAAUCCCAGCC